AUGGCGGGACGGGAGGACGCGGACGAGAAGCCCAAAGUCAAACUCUUGUCUCCGGGAUUCGGGAUCGAUAAAUCACGACUUCACGGAUCGGGAUUCAGGUCGAAGGGUUUUGCCAUCACCGACCUGUUGGGUCUAGAAACGGACCUUCAGAGCCGUCCGUCCGGCCCGGGACUUGGCGCGACCGGAGAGGUCCACAGCGGGAUCGGAUCUUUCCCGUUCGCUGGCGGCUCCCUGCCGCUGGGCCUGGGCUUCCUGUGUAGCCUGGCGGCGCAGCAACCCGCCGGGACGCCCUGUUUCCUGCCGGGACACCUGCCGCUGAUCCAGAGCCGCGCCGAGAGCCCCUACGCGCGGGCGGCGGAGCCGCCGAGAGACGCCUACUCCGAUGAGGAAUGUCUUUCCGAUCGAAACGACUGUAAAAGUUCAGCAAACUCACAGAAGAGAAAGAAACGGAGACACAGAACCGUGUUCACGUCUCACCAACUGGAGGAGCUGGAGAAGGCCUUCCAUGAGGCUCAUUAUCCAGAUGUGUACGCCAGAGAAAUGCUGGCCAUGAAGACAGAACUACCGGAGGACAGAAUACAGGUGUGGUUCCAGAACCGUCGAGCAAAGUGGCGGAAGCGGGAGAAGUGCUGGGGCCGCAGCAGCGUGAUGGCGGAGUACGGCUUGUACGGCGCCAUGGUGCGGCACUCCAUCCCGCUGCCGGAGUCAAUCAUCAACUCCGCCAAGAGCGGCAUGAUGGGCUCGUGCGCUCCCUGGCUGCUAGGGAUGCAUAAGAAGUCUUUAGAGAUGUCCAAGAAGUCUCCGGGGUCUCCGGACUCCUCCCACUCAGACUCUUUCUCCGGGGAGAGCAAGGGGAAGGAGGCCGCUGAGCUCUCCUGGUCCGGGCGGCUGGUUGCGUCCGACGACGCGGAGGAGGCGAUGGAUCUGUCCAGCACCUCCAAACAGGAGGCCGGCAGGAGUGCGUUGAGGAGCCCCCCUCCCCCCAAAACCACCAGCGACUCUGAGGGAGAGGAGAGCUAA